AUGGCGCAACAUGGCACCGUCACCAAAGCCGAAAAGGCUCUGCAUGACCAGGUCAAUAUCCUACCCCGUCGCCAACUCAUCACCGUAAUGGGCGCGCUGUCUGUCACGCUCCUGAUCACCUUCAUCGACCAGAAUGGCAUCUCAGUCACCUUGCCAACGAUUGCAGAGAAUCUCAACGGUCAAGAUACCAUCUCGUGGGCUGGGACAUCUAGUCUCCUUGCCAAUACAGCCUUUCAGAUGUUAUAUGGUCGCCUUUCUGACAUCUUUGGCCGUAAGGCAGUUUUCUCGGCCGCCAUCUGCCUGCUAGCAUUGGCUGACUUGCUCUGCGGCUUGAGCCAGAACCCAACCAUGUUUUAUGUGUUCCGGGGCGUGGCAGGCAUUGGCGGAGGGGGCGUCGUCAACUUGUCCACGAUUAUUGUCUCGGACAUUGUCACUCUGGAACAAAGAGGAAAGUAUCAGGGCAUUAUCGGGUCCAUGAUCGGCCUUGGCAAUAUGAUCGGACCUUUUUUGGCCGCUGGGCUAGCAAAACAGGCGAGCUGGCGGGUGUUUUUCUGGAUGCUGGCGCCGCUCGGGGCGUUGACUUGUGUCGUCACGUAUUUCUUCCUGCCCUCAAAACCGCCAACGGCUAGUUUGAAAGAGAGUAUCCGGAAGGUUGAUUGGAUGGGCUCGCUACUUUCAUCCAUCGCCAUCAUCUUUCUUCUGAUUCCCAUUUCUGGAGGCGGUGCCUACUUCUCAUGGGAUUCGCCCAUGGUCAUAACCAUGCUUAUUAUAGGGGGCCUUUCAAUCUUCCUCUUUUUAGGAUGGGAAUGGAAAUACGCAAAACUCCCCAUGAUGCCGCUUGAUCUCUACCAUAACCACAUUGUGGUGGUCAUGCUGGUGCAGAACUUCCUAUUUGGCGCUGUGUACCAAUCUUACCUCUACUAUAUGCCUCUUUAUCUGCAGAACGCCCACGGCUACUCGAUCUUACGCUCAGCUCUCAUCACACUUCCCUUGGUUGUCUUCCAAAUGGUAUUUUCAAUUUUAUCAGGUCAAUACAUAUCCCGGCAGAAGCGUUACUUGGAAGUUCUCGUCUUUGGCUUCAGUAUGUGGACACUUGGGUCAGGCCUUGCCUUGCUAUUAGACCGGCAUACCAAACCGACCAUUAUCAUCGUCCCGCUCAUCUUAAACGGCAUCGGGGUCGGCUGCAUCUUCCAACCCAUUCUAGUUGCGCUCCAAGCGCACACGCCCAAGCCUCGUCGCGCCGUCAUAAUCUCAAACCGCAAUCUGUUCCGCAGUGCCGGCGGCGCAAGCGGUCUUGCCAUUUCAGCCGCUGUGCUCCAAGCCCGACUCCGCGCGACGCUCCCAUCGAGCUAUUCCUACCUUGCCAGCUCGACCUACGCACUGCCUGAGAGCGUCAAAAACGUUUCGGGCGUUCUAGACGCAUACAUGGCUGGGAGUCAUGCUGUCUUCAUCCUGCAGGUGCCAUUGAUUGGUCUUUGUCUAUUAGGAACAGUUUUGAUUCGGGAUAGAGGGCUUGAGCCUCCAGGGGAUCCUGUUUCUGGGGAAUCUCCAAUCAGUAAUCAAUUUGAGGAAGAAGGUGCUAGUGAACCGUCCACUCGGCCUUAUAAUACUUCUCCGAGAAGUCGGAAAGGUGUCAAUGAGGAUCUGGAACUACAACUUAUGACUUCUGCAGUAGACCAUAAUGAGGACAAACGAAUAUAA